UUUCUCAAGGAGUCCUACUGCAAAACCCUAAGUUCCCGAAUCCCAAUCUAAAGGAAACAAUGGGAGGAAAAUGUCCAAGCAGGAAAGUAAAGAAGCGAAGAUUUUCCCACAAAACAGCUCGCCGUGACAAAUUCCUCCUCAAAGGUGACGACCUCGUUUAUGAUGAGCUGCAGAAGAGUGAUACCGAGAAGAAGCCGUUGCCUCGCGAUGAGGAUUUGCCUGGAAUGGGACAAUAUUACUGCUUACACUGCGACCGAUAUUUUGCGAAUGCGACUGUGAGGGAUGAACAUUUCAAGACGAAACGUCACAAGAAACGUUUAAAGCAAAUGUCGGGGCCUGCACCACAUACUCAACUCGAUGCUGAGUUGGCUGCUGGGAUGGGUAUGCCGGAUAAUGGACCGGCAUUAAUGUCAAUGUGACCCACUUUUAUGUUUUGGCUCCCAUCCAUGGUGGCUGGUGCCAUGAGAGGUCUUCCAUUCCAUGAAGACCAGUUGCGUUACUGCUUUUAAAUCAAUUUUGCUUCUGUAUACUAAUGCUUGUCCGCAUAAUUGGUUUAGUUCAUUUGUUUUUCUUUUGUGUUAUCAUAUAUUAAAGUCUUCAGUUUGGGUCGAUGUGGUGGAUCAUAUGAUGAAGAUGAUGAUAGAUCACUUAUUGGUCUCCUACUGUCUUAUUGAGUAUUAUUUGUUUCUUCCUUAUCAGGUUAAUGAGCCAGUUUGUAAAAUAUCCAAUGAAAACUGCUUGACAUUAGCAGUAUUUCUUACUUGGUUACCA